CCUCAACUCCAAAGCCAAACAACAACUACAAGUCUUCCACAACCUCAAUUUUCAAUUACUUGGAUUCCUCUUCUUCAGUUUUCAUCAACAUUAACAAUGUCCAGCCACAGAUUCUUCAAGUUCCGUACCGUUGUGGUUCUCUUGAAUUCCCCAAACCACCCUCACUUGGAUUCCCCUAGUUUAAAAACCCAAAAUGGUUGCUGAGGAUCUCGAGUGGGCACCACGCGCUGUUGUAGUGGGAAUAAUGGGUUGGAUUAUGCUCCGGAUUGACCACUCUAGCCUCUUCUGGCUCUUAUUUGGUCUCUUCUCCUACGAAAACCACGAGGGAAAGCCUCGGAUUUGAUUUUCCUCCAUACCCUUUUCAUUUUGCUACACACUACUUUGCCGCUAUAUAUUCCCUCUUCGUUUUCCUUGUUAUAUUUGUUUUGAGGCAAUUCGUCGAAACAUGUUGAGUGCACAAAACUCUGGCUAUGUGGAGAUGGAUCCUACUGGUCGCUAUGGUCGGUUUGAAGAAGUUCUUGGUAAAGGAGCAAUGAAAACAGUGUACAAGGCAAUUGAUGAGCUUCUUGGGAUGGAGGUGGCAUGGAAUCAGGUGAAGUUCAGUGAAGUGCUUCGCUCACCAGAGGAUUUGCAACGGCUCUAUUCAGAGGUCCACCUCCUCAGCACCCUCAGUCAUGACUCCAUUAUUCGGUUCUACACCUCGUGGAUCAAUGUUGAUCACAAAACUUUUAACUUCAUUACCGAAAUGUUCACUUCAGGGACACUAAGAGAGUAUAGAAAGAAAUACCCCUGGAUAGACAUCCGAGCCAUUAAGAACUGGGCACGCCAGAUCCUUCAGGGUCUUGUUUAUUUGCAUGGAAAUGAUCCUCCAGUAAUUCAUAGAGAUCUCAAGUGUGACAACAUCUUUGUCAAUGGACAUCUUGGGCAAGUCAAAAUUGGUGAUUUAGGGCUUGCAGCAAUUCUCCGUGGUUCCCAAUGUGCUCAUAGUGUUAUAGGCACUCCAGAGUUCAUGGCACCAGAGCUAUAUGAGGAAGAUUACACUGAACUAGUUGAUGUCUAUUCAUUUGGCAUGUGUGUUUUAGAGAUGCUUACGUCUGAAUACCCAUAUGGUGAAUGUGUCAACCCUGCACAAAUCUACAAGAAAGUGACAUCGGGGAAGCUUCCAGGAGCAUUCUACCGGAUUCAAGACUUUAAAGCACAAGGAUUUGUUGCAAAAUGCUUAGUAAAUGCUUCCGAGAGAUUAUCGGCAAAAGAAUUAUUGCUCGAUCCAUUUCUCGAGUGCAAUAAAGUUGAACCAUUGCUAUUGGGAAAGUUCAGACAUCCAAAGCCAUUUUUAAAUGCCAAAGAAAUAGAGAAACUGCAAUUGCGUGAUGAUCCAACCAGGACUCACAUGACAAUCACGGGAAAGUUGAAUCCUGAAGAUGAUACCAUCUUUCUUAGAGUUCAGAGUGCUGAUAAGGAUGGUUCCCACAGGAACAUAUAUUUUCCUUUUGACAUAUUAAAUGACACUCCAAUUGAUGUUGCAACCGAAAUGGUGAAGGAACUGGAGAUCAUUGCUUGGGAGCCAUUUGAAAUUGCGAAGAUGAUUGAAGGGGAGAUAUCUGCUCUAGUACCAGAUUGGAAGACUGAAGCAUACCAUACAUUUAAUUAUCAAGAUGAUGAUGAUGGUUCUCAUUAUCCCUUUCAUUCUUUCUCCUCCUGCUCUUCGUCUCAGUCAUCAUUCUCAGGCUUGAUGUGUUCUCACAGGAUUAAUGGAAUGACAAAUGGUUGUGAUCACCUCCAAGAUGAUUUAUUUGAUGAGAUCAGUUCUCAAAGUUCUUCACAGUCAGGAAUGUAUUCCAAUGUACAUUUCAUCUCUGGCAAUGAGCACGAGUACAAUUUGAGCCCUGCAGGAGGAGACAAACACCCCAUAUCAAAAUGUCACAAGUCCACCAGGUUUUGUCCUGAAGAAAACCACUAUGCUGGGAAGUCUUUGGCUAAAUGCAAAGGUUUACUAGCAUCGGGUUCAAUGGAUAAAAGGACCAUGGAUAGCUGUACUUUGAUGAGGAAUAGGUCACUAGUAGACGUACGAAGUCAAUUACUACACCGGUCUUUGGUGGAAGAAGUGAACAGGAGGCGUUUGUUUAAGACAGUUGGAGCUGUGGAAAACAUCGGAUUUCAAGCACCUUGUGAGGUUUCAACGAAGCUGUCGAAGCCAUCAUCAGGGGCUGCAUCUAAUGCACGUUCCACAAGAAACGGAUAAUUUACAUUCCUGAUGAAUAGUAAAGUGAGUGAGAGUGCUGCUUUUACAAAUGGACCCAAAUGUGGAGAACCAUGUCGACCACUACCAGAAUCCGGUCAUUUACAUAUUGUAAAGAAAUAUAGUUUCAAUUGAUUGUAAUUAUGCUUAGGCCAAAAGAGCAAACGAUUGUAAUUAUGCCUAGUUAAUGUUUUUAUCAGAAUAAAUAACUGGCCGUGGUGGUUUAGUUCUUGA